AUCCUUAAUGUUGGACUUCUUUGCGCCUAUAACGACACUGGGAUUGCGAGGUUUGUUGGCUGGAGGGAGACUGCCGGCGCAGUGGGCGUCGCUUGGGACAAAAUACAGGCCGACGGCAUAUUACCUGAAUACGAUACAUUAAAUCUAACCUGGGUGAUGGGCGACUGUGUGGAAUCGGUCGAUGCCGGAGCGCUGAUCAACUGGGUGGAGAGCGGCGCCGACGUCGUGCUCGGACCACCGUGUUCCGGUUGUAAUCUAACCUGGGUGAUGGGCGACUGUGUGGAAUCGGUCGAUGCCGGAGCGCUGAUCAACUGGGUGGAGAGCGGCGCCGACGUCGUGCUCGGACCACCGUGUUCCGGUUCUGCCUUAAUAGCUGGAUCUAUUGCGAAGUACUUCGACUUUCCGAUUAUUCUGUGGGCGCCGACGUUUUCCUCGGAGUUACUGGACGGCAAUGAGUACUCGACCAUGAUGGCUCCAACGUGGAGCUCAGUGAACCAAGCUCGAACCCUAACGCGCCUAUUCGAGCGGUAUGACUGGAGAGAGGUGGCUGUACUUUACUACGCGGCGAGGAGCGAUGUCUCCCCGCGUUGCUCUUUGAUUAUAGCCGAUCUGGAGAUUCUUAUGAAUGACAAUCCAAACAUGACUAUGACGUAUCGUCGACAGGUCUCCAACUUCACUAAUGCCACAUUCAAAAAUGUGCUGCGAGCGAUAAAAGAAGUGUCACGAGUAACCGUCGUCUGCUUGGAGUCGGUAGAGGCUCGACGUAAUCUUUUGGUUUCGAUAGCUGAGGAAGGCAUGGACACUAACGAAUACAUGUGGCUAAUGGUUGAGUCACGCAAAAUUGGAUUU